UUAAAAAGAAAUCUUCAAAUUUCUAUCAAAAAAUGUCUGAAAAUACCCCAACUUCCUCUUCUGGUGAUUCCCCAAUUGAUGUUGACGAGUUUAUGACUGCAAGUUAUUUAAUUCCUGCUCGAAAAUCUGUGGUAGAAUUGUUGGAGGCAGACAAGGAAGAUGAAAGCCUUAGAAAAGACUCUUUUGCCUGCAGAAGAUGGGCCGAUAGUUGUUGAUCCGAGCAAUCCAAAUAAUGUUAUUGUCAAAAGAAUUUCUUUGGUAGUUGAUGGAGAAGUUAAACAUAGCAUGGAUUUACCUGCAAGUACUGAUUUUACAUUUUCUGUAAAAGAGGGUUGUGCCUAUAAAAUUCGUUUUGAAUUCCACGUUCAAAGAGAAAUAGUUUCUGGUCUAAAAUAUUUACACAAAGUUACCCGACUUGGAAUUGCAGUAACAAAAGAAUGUUAUAUGCUUGGAUCUUUUGCUCCGAGACAUGAAAUUUAUUGUUGUGAUACUCCAUUAGAAGAAGCACCUUCAGGUAUAAUAAGUAGAGGUAAAUAUAGAGUUCGUUCAUUAAUUUCUGAUGAUGACAAAAAUCGUUGGCUUGAAUGGUCGUGGAAUAUUGAUAUUGACAAAAAUUGGUGAAAAUUAAAAGAAUUAAAUUAAAUUGACACUUCCGGUAAUUUUUUAAGGGAAAAUAUUUGUA